GAGAGCGGCGAGAAGCUGCCGCUCCUGGUGAUGCUCGCGUCCUCGGUGGCGGGGGGGCUGCUCUUCGCGGGGCUGAACCGGCUGCUCAACGAGCACGGGGCCGCCGUGCGCAAGUCCUCCACCACGAGGAGCCGUUUCCAGAGCCUCCGCUCGAUCAUGGCCCGCAGGCUGGCCAACCGGCUGCUGCAGGUGCCCAUGUUCGCGGAGUUGGACGUCCGGGAGGUCGUGGAACUCAUUCGGACAGCAAUGUUCAAGGAGCACUACCACGAAGGCGACGUCAUCAUAUCCAGGGAGGCACGCAACAGCGGUCUCUUCUUCGUGAUCAGCGGCGUCGUUCGGCUGCAACUCUCCGAGGGGUCGAGCCCGACGAAGCCCAAGCGCCAGGGGACGUCGCUCCUCAGCUGGGGCCUGGCGGAGUGUCCCUCCCCUAGGAUCCUGGACGUCCUGAAGCGUUCUAGAUCGGCGUCUCCCUGCCAGGGCUCUCCCGACGUGGGCGAGCGGCCGCCCACGUGGGACCUCGGCCCAGACAAGGUCUUUGGGGACAUGGCGCUGCUCCACGGCAUGCGCUGCGGCAUGGUAGCAGUGGCGCUUCGGAACACGAAGGUGCUGCGGAUCCCGGGGCAUCAGGUGAUGCGCCUGGUCGAUCGGAGCGCCAAGGUGCGCAGCCACGUGUCGCGGCGGGCCGUCGAGAACCUCGGGCAGAUCGACGGGCUGGAGGGGAUCCCCGAGGCCAUCGCGCAGGACCUGGCGGACAGGUCCCCCCUGGUGACCUUCCAGCCGGGCCAGCUGGUGUUCCAGGGGCUCGUGGACGAGCAGUCGCCCAUAAUCUCUGUCAUCUUCGGGGCGAUCGAGGUGAGGCGGGCGACGUCUGAGACCCGCCAGGUCGUGAAGGUCAACGACCUCCUCUGCACAGAGCACCUCCUGGGCGAGGCGCCGCAGCCUCUCGUGGCACGCGCCCUGGAGCCCACGUCCGUGCUCCUCGUGGACCCGCGGAGCUUGGCUCUGCUGCUGCCCAAAGCGCGCGCGAGAUCCGAUGACAUCGAGGUGCUGGACGUCGAGGCCGGUCUGGGCACGGGGCCCUUCGCGAUGGUGCCGGUGGUGCCAGCCGAUCUUGCCGCCAGCACCGCCAAGGCGCCCCCAGUGGGCGUGUCCUCGGCCACCCGCAGAUCAGCGACCGCACGCGUCAGUCCUCGGCCGGGCGAGGUCGACGUCACGCCCGACAUGCUCAGCGUCAGAGCUCUGCCUGGCGAGGUCAACAUCAUGCCCGACGUGCCGCGGGGCGACGGCGACGGCACCGCACUCUCGCCUGAAGUGGUCGCGGCGCAAGCUAGGAUGCAAGACGGCGCGGCCACGGCCCCCCGCAUUCUUACCCCGCCGCUCGCGCUGGAGGUGCUACAGCCCUCCCGGCGGGAGCGCCUGCACACAGUGGGGCGCGAUCUGGGCUGGGACUCCGAGGGCGAGGCGGCGGUGGGCACCGCGAGGUCGAACCGAUCCCCGCUGACCAGCUCGAGGAGGCUCGUGGACGAGAUCGCGGCCCUAGUGGCCCACGGGGACGUCUGGGAGCACGAGGCGGAGAGCGGCGGCCUCGUCCGGGAGCCUCUGGACGUGAAGCCCGAGGGCCAGCCUGGCGCCGAGCGCCCGGCAGCGGCGGAGCAUGAUUCCGGGAGCGCCCACGCGGCGAUCAUGGUGUGGCUCGGCAUCCUCAUCGACGCCGUACCCGAGUCCUUGGUCAUAGGGAUCCUGAUCAACAAGAGCGCGGAGGACGGGGACCGUGGAUUCCGGCAGUCCGCGGCCACUGCGCUGCCCUUCGUCAUCGGGGUCUUCAUCAGCAACCUCCCCGAGAGCAUGAGCUCCUCCGGCAGCAUGCUCGCCCACGGGGUCAAGCGGCCCAAGAUCCUCCUGAUGUGGGCGGCCACCACGGUCGUCACCGCCGUGGGCGCGGGCCUCGGGGCGCUGCUCUUCCCGCCGGGGUCGAGCGGCGAGCUCCACGUGGAGACCGCCAUUGCAGGCGUCGAGGGCCUGGCGGCGGGCGCGAUGCUGACGAUGAUCGCCCAGACCAUGAUGCCCGAGGCAUUCGAGCAGGGCGGCGACAUCGUCGGGCUGUCCACGCUCGCGGGCUUCCUCUGCGCGCUCUCGGUGAAGCUGCUCCCGCUCGCGUGA